GAGUCCCGGGUUUGCUAAGUGCCGGGCGACCGGAGCCGGGAUCUUGAGAGAGUGGGAGCCGGCGGAGCCGAGGAGCAUCCGGGACCAGGACGGCGUGGCCCGCGGGUCAUGGCCAAAGGAGAGGGCGCCGAGAGCGGCUCCGCGGCCGGGCUGCUGCCCACCGGCAUCCUCCAGGCGGGUGAACGUCCUGCCCAGGGGAAGAAGGAACCAAAGAAGAAGAAACAACAGUUGUCAAUUUGUAACAAGCUUUGCUAUGCAGUUGGUGGGGCCCCCUACCAGGUGACAGGCUGUGCCCUGGGGUUCUUCCUACAGAUCUACUUGUUGGAAGUGGCUCAGGUGGACCCUUUUUUUGCCUCCAUCAUUCUUUUUGUGGGCCGAGCCUGGGAUGCCUUCACUGACCCUCUGGUGGGCUUCUGCAUCAGCAAAUCCUCCUGGACCCGUCUGGGCCGCCUCAUGCCCUGGAUCAUCUUCUCCACGCCCCUGGCCAUCUUGGCCUACUUCCUCAUCUGGUUCGUGCCUGACUUCCCAGAGGGAAUGGAAAGAUCCCAGCGGUUCCUUUGGUACCUGCUUUUCUACUGCCUCUUUGAAUCCCUGGUCACGUGUUUCCAUGUUCCCUAUUCAGCGCUCACCAUGUUCAUCAGCACUGAGCAGAGUGAGAGAGACUCUGCCACUGCCUACCGGAUGACUGUGGAGGUGCUGGGCACAGUGCUAGGCACAGCAAUUCAAGGGCAAAUCGUGGGCCAAGCCAAAUCGCCUUGUCUCCAGAAUGGCUCUGCAGUGGCCUCGGAAAAUGGCAAUCACACACACAGCACUGCCUCACUCAAAGAAACGCAAAAUGCAUAUCUGCUGGCAGCAGGGGUCAUUGCCUCCAUCUAUGUCAUCUGUGCUGUCAUCCUGACCCUAGGCGUGCGGGAACAGAGAGAACCCUAUGAAGCCCAGCAGGCUGAAUCGAUGCCCUUCUUCCAGGGCCUCCGACUGGUCAUGAGCCACGGUCCAUACGUCAAGCUCAUCACCGGCUUCCUUUUCACCUCUCUGGCUUUCAUGCUGGUGGAGGGCAACUUUGCCUUGUUUUGCACCUACACCUUGGGCUUCCGCAAUGAGUUCCAGAAUCUACUCCUGGCCAUCAUGCUCUCGGCCACAUUCACCAUUCCCUUCUGGCAGUGGUUCCUGACCCAGUUUGGCAAGAAGAGAGCUGUAUAUGUUGGAAUUUCGUCAGCAGUGCCUUUCCUUAUCUUGAUGGCGCUCAUAGAGAGUAACCUAAUCGUCACAUAUGUGGUGGCCAUAGCAGCCGGCAUCAGCGUAGCAGCAGCCUUCUUACUUCCCUGGUCCAUGCUGCCAGAUGUCAUUGAUGACUUCCACCUGAAGCAGCCCCAAUCCUCUGGCACUGAACCCAUCUUUUUUUCCUUCUAUGUCUUCUUCACCAAGUUUGCCUCUGGAGUCUCGCUGGGUAUCUCCACUCUCAGCCUCGACUUUGUGGGGUACAAGACGCAGGGCUGCUCCCAGCUGGUGCAAGUGCAGUUUACCUUGAAGAUGCUGGUGACUAUGGUCCCCAUCGCCCUCAUCCUGCUGGGCUUGCUGCUCUUCAAACUGUAUCCCAUCGAUGAGGAGAAGCGACAACACAAUAAAAAGGCUCUGCAAGCUCUGCGAGACGAAGCCAGCAGCUCAGGCUGCUCCGACACGGACUCCACAGAAUUGGCUAGCAUCCUCUAGGGCCUGCUGUAUCACCCAGAAGCCACCACGCAGAUGGCCUGAGGGACCAGGUCACAUGAGGCACCAGGACUCGUUUGCCCAUGCACUGAACAGCUGUCCUCCAGGUGCCCCAGACAGGGACCAAGGACUGGAGGGUGAGCAGCCCAGGACAGCUCAUGGUGGGGCUGCUGCGCCACAGCCUCCUUCCUGCCUGCCCACGGGGGCCAAGCCCUGGGGCCGCUACUGUGAAUAUGCCAAGGACGGAUGGGGCCUAGCCCGGAACACUAAUGUAGAAACGUUUUUUAUACAGAAACUAAUUAAUAACUUAAUGACUAUGUAUAUAGUGAUGUGUGUAUGUAUAUGUCUGUGAGCUAUUAAUGUUAUUAAUUUUCAUAAAAGCUGGAAAAUAGAGCUGCCUCGUUACGUGUCUA